GAAAAGCGAGUAAUAAAGAGCCGUGUGUGGGUGGAAAUAAAAUCCCGUGCAAACGCGGAACGGACAGCGGAGCCCAUCCGGGACCGACGAAGCGCGCUUCCCGAUCGCCUCUGCCGCCGCCGCCCCCCGCCAUUAAAAGCGGAGGGACUCCUCCUCCUCCUCCUCCUUCUCCACCCCCGCCCUUCCCUGCUCGCCCCCCUCUCGUCCGUGAAUCACCUGGGGAGGGGUUUUGCUGUCUCCUCCACGCGGCGGCUGGGUUUUACGUCUCCUCCUCGCGGUGGCCGCCGCCUUGGCGCAUCGAUCCUCCCCAGCCCGCCGACUCAUGCAGGUUUCUCUGUAGGCAAGAUGAAGUUUGGUUCAAUGUAUGAGGAGUACCUCAGGGCAGAGCAGGACAAAUAUCUAGCAAAAUGCUCCCAUGUAGAGUACAAACGCCUCAAGAAGGUACUGAAGCGAUGUCGAGUUGAUCGCUCGUUGCAAGCAGAUGUCACCAAUGGCGACCAACUGCAGGACGGGAGCGACGAUUCUUCAGACAUUUGCGAAUGCAAUUCCUGCACAUUGUGUGAUCAAAUGUUCUUUACAGAACUGAACAAGGAGGCUUCAGAUAUAGCUGGCUGUUUCAGCUCUAGAGUACAGCGCCUUCUACAUCUUCAUGUUCCUUCAGGAUUACAACGGUAUAUAUGGCGUGUACGGCAAUGCUUCAUAGAUGAUCAACAAAUCAUGGUUCAAGAAGGGAGAAUUCUAAUCAAUUAUGUGACCAUGAAUGCUAUUGCUAUCCGCAAAAUUCUCAAGAAAUAUGACAAAAUACAUGGUUCUGUGAGUGGUAGAGAUUUCAAGAGCAAGAUGCAAACUGAUCAUAUUGAACUGUUGCAGUCACCUUGGCUGAUAGAACUGGGCGCUUUCCAUCUGAACUGUGAUAGUUCGGAUAUUGAUGAACCUGUAGGGUUCUUCAAGAAUGGAUUCUUCAAGAAUUUUUCUUGUGACUUGAUAGGAACACUGCCAGUAAUGACUAUGGCCAUUUCUGAAACUAUGAAGUAUGAGUACAGUCUAACUUGUCCGAUUUGCUUGUUGUCUGCACAGGACACUUUGUUCAACCCAUAUGCACUUAGCUGUGGUCAUCUCUUCUGCAAAGGCUGUGCAUGUGGUGCUGCAUCUGUGUAUAUCUUCCAGGGUGUUAAGACCGCACCUCCAGAGGCCAAGUGUCCUGUAUGUCGAGCGGUUGGCGUCUUUGCUCAUGCUGUGCAUAUGAAUGAACUUGACUUGCUCAUCAAAACAAGGUGCAAAGAUUACUGGAGAGGCAGACUGCGGGAAGAACGGACUGAGAUGGUGAAGCAAUCUAAAGAAUACUGGGAUUCCCAGGCGAUGCUGUCAAUGGGGAUCUGAAUCCUUGACAUACAAACAUGUAUCAUUGCUUACACUGAUGGCCGUCGAAUCUCAAGCGUGAAGAAUCCUCUUAAGCAAAAUUUAUUUAGUAUUGUCUGCUACUCUUUUUUUUUUGACCGCAUAUUAUCUGCUACUCUUCUACCGGGUAGUACCAACCAAGGAGAAACCUACCGAAGGCUAGCAGAGAUUAUCAACACUGCUGAGGUAGCUAUUAAGGAAGCAAAUUCCAUUGUUUUAUUUCAUUGUGCACCUCGUUGGAUCUGGAAAGAACUGAAUCCCACGAAUUCCUUUGUUCCUUCCGCUGUACUUGUUUGGAAUGAUGCACAGUUGCCUACUUUUUUGUUGC